AUGUCGUCCAGAGGAUACCAGCAAUAUGAGGGUAACCCUUACGGCCAAGCCGAAGCGGGCUACGGACAGAGCAAUCCAUAUGGCGGAGAGGCUCUGAAUGCGCCGAGUGGUUACGGAGCUUCGAAUCCGUACGGCGGUGGCCCAGAUAUCCAUGGCGAGCAGUCCUCAAACCCAUACGGCGGAUCCACCAACUACUCGCAGUCGUCCCAGUAUUCCGCGCCCCAGGAACCUAUGCAAACCGCGCCUCCUACGAAUCUCACCGGCGCACCUCUUCCCCUACAAGACUUCCUCGGCCGCAUCGAUGGCGUCAAGCGCCGCAUAGGGCACCUCAGCUCCAGCAUCCAGGAGAUCGCAAGUGUCCACCAGAGACUAUUGUCAUCAACGGAUGCACAAGCGUCUAGCCAACUUGAAGCUCUUAUAACAGACACCCAAGUGCGCAACACGCAGAUCAAAGACGAGAUCAAGUUCCUGGAGCGCGAUGCUGCACGGGAUCCGUCGAAUAGCUCGAAGCGAUCGCAGAUUGAGGCCGUGAAGCGCUCCUUCAAGAGCCAGCUAGACGACUUCUACGCGGAAGAAUCGAGCUAUUCGAAGCGCUACCGUGAGGCGAUUGCGAGGCAGUACCGCAUCGUGAACCCUGAAGCAACGGAGGAGGAAGUCCAGGAGGCGGCGAAUGCUGACUGGGGCGAGGAAGGCAUCUUCACGCAAGCUCUCAAGACCAACCGCACAGGGCAAGCCGCCAGCGUCCUCGGCGCCGUCCGCGCCCGCCACAACGACAUCCAGCGCAUCGAGAAGACGAUGGCGGAGCUGUCCCUCCUCUUCCAACAACUCGACGAACAAGUCGUCUACCAGCAGACGGCCGUCGACCAAACCGAGGAAAUGACGCAUCAAGUCGUCGACGACAACAAGGCGGCGCAUGAGCAGCUCGAUCGCGGGAUCCAGCACGCAAGACGCGCGCGCAAGCUCAAGUGGUGGAUGCUGAUCAUCGUCGUGUUGAUUAUUUGUAUCUUGGCGCUGGUUUUGGGACUGGUGUUUGGGUUGAAGAAUAAUGGGUAG